ACACAAAAAUCUACUCGAGUUUUGUCAGUUUCAUUUUUGAUACAGAAGUUAAGAAUAUAAGUACAUUAAUCUCGAUCAAAAUGAGUAGCGAAAGUCAGUCGGUGAGGAUUGAGGAAAUUACUACCGAUCAUCUUGACAGUUUAAAGAGAAAUUUACUAAUCAAUUCUACAAAUAGUUCUAGGAAAGACGUGAUAUGCACUCUAACCGAAAUGUUGCAAACUUACCAGACAGAAUUACGAGUCGGGCGAAAAGGCUUGCCCGACUUGCCCAACCUGAUUUUACAAGUUGAUAUGAUCUAUGCAAUCUCGCAAAUCAUGGCGACCUCAGACACGCAACUUUUCAGCUGCACUUUGACUUUAUUGAAUUCGUUCUUUCGAGUUCCUCUCCUCCGGGGAAAGUUAAAUGUGGUGGUGGAAUCAGGACUCCGCAUCGCUUCAAUGGUUGUCAAAUCGGAUUAUUCGGUCAUUGGUGACGCUCGUAAAUUCUUUUUGAGUGUCCUGGCAGACUUAGAGAUCGUUCCUUUGUCAAUUCAACGCCAAGUUAUUACCGUCUACCGCAAACUCCCGGAUUGGCUGGAACCGAAAGAGUUGCUGGAAUGGACACAAUUACUGCUGUAUUGUCCCGUAUUUCUUGACACCCUUCCCGUCAAAGUUUACACGGAUUUUGUCAAAGUUUUAAUCGGGCAUAUGAAAGAUGAUAAUAUAGUGAAAAUGUGCUUAAACUUCUUGGCCGAUAGUUUCAAAAAGUUGCCGCAUGCAUUUGUUCGUGAUGUAUGCAUUAGUGAUAAAGAUUUCCUGAAAUUUCUAAGUGACAAAAUUUGUGCGCCAUGUUCUGAUGAUAUGACUGAAGAUGGAUUCAUUUCGUUGUGUCUGGCAUUUGAUAUUGUUCACCGUUACGUUGUAGCGAUGCACAUGACUGGGAAAGUUGAGAACGUGAACCCAAUUCAAAUGAACUUGACGAGACUAAUUCCACACUUGACGCAAUAUGCGGUGAGUGAUUCCAUUCUGAUAUUGCUAGCCGAAUUGCUGCGUGAGGAUCUGAACAACAACGGUCUUAAGAUUGAAGAAGAUGAUCCCAACGUUGUUGCAGAACUCCUUACAACAUUUCACUUUUUGGUACUGAGCUUGGCUCACAAGGCUGUCCUCGUCCGUAGUCAGAUUAACGUUUGGAACUUUUUGCGUGAGUUAUUGCGAUUCUCAGCAAGGAAUGCAGGCCAAGCACUCCGAGCUCACAAACCGGAAUUAAAUUGCUGGAACUUAAUAGCUAUGUCUGCUCUUAUGCCGCCUAACGAACCAUUGUUGUCACAUCCUAUAGAGUUUUGGAAAUUUGUUUUGGAUUGGAUUAAAUUACUCAACAUUCAGAAAAAAUCCUUCUUCCGAAUACCAAGUCACUAUCAGUGCUUCAACUAUGGAAGUUUUGUAGCAACGCUUGAUAAUCGGAUCAAUGCCGAAAUUCUUAUCCCGUUCUUCCUUUCUGAAAAUAGAAUUCAAGAAUCGCAAGCCAAUAACACUGGUCGAGUCGAUGGUGGAGGAGUAGCUGUGUCGUCGUCACGUCGUUACCGAUGGAGAAAUGAGAAAGAGGAAAUCGUUGCUCAGAUUGGGAGUCUUUGCCACAGAAUCCGUGACUCUUCAAUUGAUUGGGAGAGUGAAAGUGAUGAUCUUCUGUCAACAUCCUUUCUCUUUGAUGAUGAUGAUGACGAAGGAGAAAUCGUGAAUAAUAAUGUAAAGACUGAUACUGAUGAGAUCCAGAAACGUCAAGUUUCAACUGAAGAGUUCGAUUCGGAUGCAACGUGUAGCUUGUCAGAGUUGAAUUUAUAGAGUGGUAGUCUUCAGACCGGUAUAGUUUAAGGUAUUUUUAUACAGUUCUCGUGUGUCGCAUUCCAUAAAUACACAAUCAUGGAAAACAUUAAGUAAGAUAUGCUGCCAUCUUAAAGUAAGUAUUUAUAAAAGAGAUUUCACUGUCAAAAUCAAACAGGAUUGUUGCUGAGCUUUGUAUUAUUUCGCUACAUUUCAAUUCUACGCAAGUAUAUGUGCAUUGUUCGGUUUUGCUGAGCAAUGUGAACAAACACCUGAAUUUCAGAAAUAGCAAUUCACGUUUCUAACUGUAAGACGCAUGUAUUUAUACAAAAGCUCCCCCAUAACAAGUUACCACGGACGGAUUUUAUCCUGUCAAUUCUGACUGGAUUGGCGAAUGAGUUGGAAUUGUGUGUGGCUUUUCGCCGACAACAGCGAAUUUAUAUUACCUUGCGUAACACUGUCCAUAAACAUAUUCGUAUUAUUACGAUUUGCCU